AUGAACUCUGCAUUCUCUUCUCUCAUUAGCUUCUUUCUCGGUUUCAUUUUGUCUUCUUUGCACUCAUCUCUCUCGCAGGUUUGGUCUCUUCCUAUAACCCUCUUCUUCUGUCUCAUUAAUUCACCUAUAAGCCUUGCGUCUCCUGGCUUGUGCUCUUAUUGCUUCACAGAGUUGCUGAAAUGCCUCGUCACCGCUUCUCUUGUAUGUACCGUCAUAUCUAGAUGUCCGAGACUUCGCAGCAGUUUUCAGCCGGCCAGGGAGCAGGAAGCCUUCCUGAUUCGCGACUUUGACGCGCCCAGUCAUGUCGACCAAGCCCAGCAGCUGACGGGACCCAGCAGCAGUAGCAGCAGAUUCAUUCGAUCACCACUCUUCAAGGCUCCACUCACUUCACUCUUUGCUACUGACUUCUCUCUGAGACGCCAGCUCACACCUGCAGCUUCCAGCACUCCAGCAGCCUCCAGCUCACCCCUGCGGCGAUCUACUGACGUCCCGCUACCUAUUCCAGCACCCGCUGACAAUCUAAUCCAGUGCCCACUGACAUCCAGCGCCCGAUAA